UUCCGUUACUGUCAUCCCACUCCUCCCACCUCUCUCAGAUCUCCCCACCCCUCCCCGCCUCGCGUCGCCACCGCCCCCUCCAAACCCUACCCCUCAGCCUCGUUGGAUCGGGCCAGACCCGGCCCCGCGCCACGAGGAGUAGCGGUGGCGCCCGCCGCGGCGAUGCGGAGCUCCAUCGCGACCUACCGGGAGAGCCUCUCCCGGCUCGCCGGCGAGGUCGACGACGCCGCGGCCGACGAGGUCCCCGCGCCGCCGCUGGCCCCGGCAGCUAGGGGCGGGGACCUCUCCGCCACGCCGCCGUCGUCGGGGAGGCGCCGACGGUACUCCCGCCCUGGCCCCGGCCCCGAAGCCGCCGAGCCCGACGAGAUUUCUAAACUGAGGGUUGACAUCCAAAAGCUUCAAGCUUCCGAGGCUGAAAUAAAGGCAUUAUCUUUCAAUUAUGCUGCAAUGUUGAAGGAAAAAGAGGAACAACUUGGAAAACUUCGUGAAGAAAAUGGAUCUCUUAAAAGAAGCAUGGAGAGCUGUAAGGCAGUUUCAGCCAAUUCUAAUGGUACUUUGGAAAGAUCACCCAGAGCACAAAGGAAUGCAGUUCAGGAAAAUCCGUUGAAUCUCACCAAGCAGAAUGGAUAUGGCGGUGGUUCUUUUCACGGUGCUCAGGCAAAUGGUCUGCAUCCAGUGACAGGGUAUCAGAAGGGAAGUGCAUUGGAGGAAGAGAGAUCAUCCUUGAUUGCCAAGCAAGCUAGUCUCGAAAAUGAAAUCAAACAAUUGAAACAGCAGCUCAGCAAUAAUUCCGAGAAAGAAACUGAAGCUAAAAGGAGGCUAGAAGAUGAAACCAAGCGGAAUGAAUUUCUUCAGCAGCAACUAAAUGAACUCAAGAUGAACAAAGAGAAGAUAUCAACUAGCAUGGAAGGGCUACACAAGGAACUGAGUGAGAAGAAAUCGGAGUUGAGACGUGUUCAAGAUGAGGUAAGCAGAAGGGAUAAGGAGCAUGUGUCGGACGGAUCGCUCCAGAGCCUAAGAAAUAUGUUGAUGGCUCUACAGAAGGAGAACUCUAGCCUAAAGAUAGAGAAAGUCAAGCUUGAGGCAGAUCUCAAGAGUAUGAAGAGUACCUCACAAAAAACUGUUGACAGUGCAUUAGAUACUAAUAACAAGAUUUCUGACUCGGAAAAGGUUAAGGAAGAGAUGGAUUCUUUGAAAAGAGCAUUACAGGAUGCUUCCCGUGAGAGAGACAAAGCAGUGCAGGAUUUGGCUCGGCUGAAGCAGCAUUUGUUAGAUAAGGAUCUUGAAGACCAAGAAAAGAUGGAUGAAGAUAGUAAACUCAUUGAAGAAUUGCGGGUAGUCUGUGAGCAGCAAAGGGCUCAUAUAAUGCAGUUAGAGAGGGCUUUAAAGGUUGAGAUGGCAAAGCAGGAGGAGAACAAAAAGAUCAUAAGUGAAGAGCACCAGAGGUCAAAUGAACAAAUAGAAGAUUUGAAGUACAAACUUGCAAGCUGUAUGAGUGCACUUGAAUCAAAAAACGUGGAGCUGCUAAAUCUUCAGACUGCCCUUGGACAGUACUAUGCUGAGAGUGAAGCCAAGGAACGACUUGGAGGUGAUUUAGCUGUUGCUAGGGAAGAACUGUCUAAAUUGGCAGAGUCAUUAAAGGUGGCAAAUCAAACUAUUGAGAUUUCAAGAAGGGAGAAGGAAGAUAUAGCUACCAAACUUUCACAAGCAGAGAGGAUGUUAGCAGAUGGGAAGCGAUCCAUGCAGAAGCUUGAGGAUGACAAUUCAAGAUUGCGGAGAGCACUAGAACAAAGCAUGACAACUGUGAAUAGGAUGUCACUAGAUUCAGAUAACUCCGUUGACAGGCGAAUUGUGAUCAAACUGCUAGUCACCUACUUCCAACGAAAUCACAGCAAAGAGGUUCUGGAUCUCAUGGUCCGUAUGCUUGGUUUCUCUGAGGAAGACAAGCAAAGGAUUGGCUUUGCACAAAAUAAUGCUGGUAAGGGUGUUGUCCGUGGUGUUUUGGGUCUCCCGGGACGCCUAGUUGGAGGAAUUGUUGGUGGAGGUUCAUCUGGCAAAUCUACUCAAGCGUCUCAGGAUAGCCAGUCAUUUGCAGACCUAUGGGUGGACUUCCUGCUCAAGGAGACGGAAGAAAGGGAGAAACGGGAAGCCUCAGAAGCUGCAAGGCAAUCACAGGAAGAGAGUCAUACCGCCACGGGUCCAAGUACAUCGUCGAGCAUCCAGCAACCAUCGCAGCACCCUGCAAACCUGGCACCAGGCCCAUCCACAAGGCCACAUCUCUUGGGUAGUACAGACUCUGAAUUCUCAACAGUUCCGCUAGCAUCAUCAUCAUCGUCAUCAUCAUACUCGUCUGCGCCGAAUCCGUUCUCAAGACCACCUCUAAGAUGAUUGCAAUCAAAGUGUACACUGUACAGUACCGGACUAUUGGUCCCCUUUUUUGUUCUGGGAGUGAUCCCGCAUCCGAAGGCUAAGCUAUUUGUUCCAUUCGUUGAUAAUGCGAUGAUGAUAGUAGUUGAUUCAGAAAUUACCUUCCUUUUCCUCCUUGGGCAUGUAAAGAUCUCAGUAUGUAAAAAUGGAUUCCUACCCUCGAGGCCUUGACAACAAAUGGAGAUAAAAUGAGAUUGUUGAUUAUACGUA